AUGACACUUCUGGCGGUAUCCAAGGACGCGGCGCCUCCCCCAUCGCAGGAGGACGUCUCCGCCUUCCUCCACACCAUCUUUAACGCCCAGACUUCCAACGCCUCCAUCGAAGCCGCAUAUGGCCUCUGCGACCUCCUCCUCAACUCGGUCGGCUGCCUGGGCUUUCACCAGUAUGGCAUCCUUGCCGAGAUCCGCAAGGCAGCGACCGACAAGAAAAGCGGCCUCCGUCGCGAGAGCGCCCAGAACCUCCUCGGCGCCCUCUUCGAACGCUUCCCCGCCAAACAGCGCCUCAGCGAGGUCGUUUUCCUGAUCCAGGACGGCGGCCUCGUCAGUCUCGCCCUCGAUGCCCUCGCCGACAAGGGAGCCGUCGUCCGCGACGCCGCUCAGUAUGGCCUCAAUGCCCUCUUCGCCAACCUCUCCGCCGAGGCCCUUGUCGUCGGCCUCCUCCCCGCUCUCACCAGAUACCUUUCCAAGAAGACGGGCAAGUGGCAAGGCACCGUCGGCGCCUUCAAACUGCUUCAAAAGAUGGCAGACAAGGCAAAGCUCGUCGUCGGCUCCACCAAGGAGGAGGCCGCUGAGCAGGACGUCGUCCGCGACGCCAUGGGUACCAAGCUCGCCGCCUUGAUCCCCUUCGCCGAGGAAGGCAUGCACGACAUGAAGGCCGAAGUCGCCAAGCAGGCCGUUCAGACCAUGACCUCCCUGACCGGGCUGCUGUCUAACGACGAUGUCGGGCCCCGGAUACCCCUCCUCAUUGAUACCAUGGAGCAGCCUUCCACCGAGACGCUCCGCAAGGCCAUUCAUGCCCUCUCCCAGACCACUUUCGUCGCCGUCGUCACCUCCCCCGUCCUGGCCUUCCUGACUCCCUUGCUCGAACGAUCCCUGAAUACCCCGACCACAUCCCAAGAGGUUCUGCGCCAGACCGUCGUCGUCGUCGAGAACCUCACCAAGCUCGUCCACGAUCCCAUCGAGGCCCGCACCUUCUUGCCCAAGCUGAAGCCCGGUGUCAAGGGCGUUUACGAUCGAGCCUCCCUUCCCGAAGUCCGAGACCUGGCAAAGAGGGCUCUCGACGUCAUCGACAAGGCCAUGGGCAGCGACAAGGAUGUUGUCGAGCGCGUUUCUUCCAGUGACGUCGACAAGCUUCUCGAUCCCGAGAUCAAGAAGAAUGGUGGUCUCUCCGGCCCGCCCGAAUUGAUCAAACUUGCGCGGACAUAUGUGUGCGAAAUGGUUGCUGAAGAUGUGAACCACCGUUACGUCGGCAGGACCGCUGGCAAGAUUGCGCCUUAUCUGGAGUUGUUCACCCAGUCUCAGGAUGCCAUCGCCGACGCUGUCCAGAAACACUAUGUCGACGAGGAUAAACGGCGCCACGGUGUACCAGAGAAAGAGGACGACGGCGAGGUCGAGAUUGUCAAUGCCGACUUCUCCCUUGCCUACGGAGGCAUGCUUCUGCUCUCGCACACAAACCUGAGGCUUCUCAAGGGCCACCGCUAUGGCUUGUGCGGCAGGAACGGUGCCGGCAAGUCCACUCUGAUGCGGAGCAUUGCCAACGGAAAGCUCGAGGGUUUCCCUUCGCAGGACGUCCUCCGGACGUGCUACGUGGAGCACAACCAGGGCGAAGAUGCCGACAUCAGCAUUCUCGAGUUUGUGUCAAAAGACCCCGAGAUCGCAGAGCAAGGACGCGAUAAGAUCAUCGAGGUCUUGGCAGAAUUCGGCUUCACCUCUGGGCCUGAAGGCCGGCAAUCCCACCAAGUGGGCUCGCUCUCCGGUGGAUGGAAGAUGAAGCUUGCCUUGGCACGCGCCAUGUUGAAGAAGGCCGACGUGCUCCUCCUGGACGAACCGACGAAUCACCUGGACGUGGCCAACAUCGCCUGGCUCGAGAACUACCUCAAGACCCAUCCCGACAUCACCAGCUUGAUCGUGUCCCACGACUCGACUUUCCUCGACAACGUGACCACCGAUAUCUAUCACUACGAGCCCAACAAGAAACUUGGCCACUACAAGGGCAACCUGGCCAGAUUCGUCGAGCUCAGGCCCGAGGCAAAGAGCUAUUACACCCUCUCGGCCUCUAACGUCCAGUUCAAGUUCCCGCCCCCGGGCAUCCUCAGCGGCGUCAAGUCGCUUACCCGCACCAUCCUCCGCAUGUCCAACGUCUCUUACACCUAUCCCAACGCCACGAAGCCUUCUCUCUCAGACGUUACCUGCCAGCUCACUCUGUCCUCCCGCGUUGCCAUCAUCGGCCCGAACGGAGCCGGCAAGUCGACGCUGAUCAAGCUCCUCACCGGCGAGACCAUCCCCACCACGGGCAAGGUCGAGAAGCACCCUAACCUACGUAUCGGCUAUAUCAAGCAGCACGCGCUCGAGCACGUCGAGAUGCACUUGGAGAAGACCCCCAACCAAUAUCUGCAGUGGCGAUAUGCCAACGGCGACGACCGCGAAGUUUUCCUCAAGCAGACGCGCAUUCUUUCGGCCAAGGACAGGGAGCAGAUGGACAAGGUGAUAGACCCCGGCGAUGGCAAGGGGCCGCGCCAGGUAGAAGCCCUUGUUGGUCGCCAGAAGUGGAAGAAGACCUUCCAAUACGAAGUAAAAUGGCGCAACUGGCUCCCCAAGCACAACAGCCAGGUUUCGCGGGAGACGCUCGAAGACUGGGGCUUCUCCAAGCUCGUCCAGGAGUUCGACGACCACGAAGCCUCCCGCGAAGGCCUGGGCUACCGCGAACUGCAACCCAGCGUCAUCUCGAAGCACUUCCUCGACCUGGGUCUCGACCCGGAGAUCGCCAACCACAACGAGAUCGGCUCGCUCUCGGGCGGGCAGAAGGUCAAGGUCGUGCUCGCGGGCGCCAUGUGGAACAACCCGCACCUCCUCGUGCUGGACGAGCCCACCAACUUCCUCGACCGCGACUCCCUCGGCGGUCUCGCCGUCGCCAUCCGCGACUUCAAGGGCGGCGUCAUCCUCAUCUCCCACAACGAGGAGUUCGUCGGCGCCCUGUGCUCCGAGCAGUGGCUCGUCAACGACGGCCGCGUCGCCCUCCGCACCACCUCCGCCAUCCACCUCGACCGCUUCGAGGACUCCUGCCCCUCCCCGCUCAACGGAACCAGCCGCCCCGCCUCCGCCAUCCCCAGCACCGUCAACUCCACCGCCCCCAGCACCGUCUCUAGUGCCGUCAACUCGGGCGCCGAGGACGCCGGCGAGCUCAAGUUCAAGGCCAAGAAGAAGCGCAAGAAGACCAAGAAGGAUCUCAAGGAGCAGGAGGUCCGCCGGCGCCUGCGUCACAUUGAGUGGCUGAACAGCCCCAAGGGCACGCCGCACCCCCCUGACACCGAUGAUGAGGACUAA